GAAACGAGACAGAGGUGAGAAAGGUACGUGGGAGUGUAAGAGCGAGAGAGUGCGAGCGAGAACGAUAGAAGGAUCGCGAUAUGAGAGAAGAAAGAGAGAGAAUCUCUCUCCCCAUGAUGUACGUAUACAUCCUGGUCCCUUAUUCCCUGUACGUGCAAAGGGGGUUUCGAGAGGCUAGCAACGGUGGAGCCACGACAACGAGCUACAACCACGACGGCGAACACGACUACUACGACACCGCGUGGGGGUUGCACGAAGACCCCCUGGUGGGGUUCUGGCUGCCGACCCCACAGUCCCCCGCUGGAAAUGAUAUCAGUCGCGACUCGGUCGAGGGAGCCCCAGCACGUGCCGUGCCCCUCGCAGAGUGAGCCCAAUAGCUUGCUCAAUACCACACUUGGUGUACGUUCCUCGCGUAUGCUUUUUUUUGUUCGCGAUCCGGUGUUCUCGCUCGAAAUUUCUUAUUUCGGGGAACGAAUGAAAUAAGGGUGUAAGUAACAUACGUACGGUGGUUGUGAAAAAAAGGAACAAGUGAAAACUUGCGAAGGUGUAUUUUAAUCUUACCUUCCUUCUUGGACCGUGGUCGCCUGAUUGAUCUCUUGCUGCUGAUAUUUUUAAUCUCACGAGACUUUAAUCGUCUUUUAACUUUUUAUCGUCAAAGACAACACUGGACACGUCACAAUAAUGGGUGAAAAGACAUUUAACCUCACGUGGAACAAUCACCUAGCCAACUUGUCUGGAUUAUUCGAAGGGUUGUACAAAAGUGGUUCCUUGACAGACACAACGUUAGCUUGUCAAGAUGGAAUGUUGAGGGCGCAUAGAUUAGUCUUGGCUGCGUGUAGUCCUUAUUUCGAAAGAGUCUUCAAAGAACAUUACGGUGAACAGCCAAUUCUUAUUUUAAAAGGUGUGGCAGUCGAAGAGAUGGAAUGUCUUCUGGAUUUCAUGUAUCGCGGUUCGAUCGACGUCGCCGAGGAGCAUUUGCCCUCUUUGAUCAAGACUGCGACGGAUCUAGAGAUCCGUGGCCUUUCUGGUGACCAGAGAAACCAAGAAAACAGUCGCAGCCCUUACACAAGGGUCGAGACGCGAAUGCAACGGUGUCACAUAGAAGCGAGAGUUCACACGACAGAGUACAUGAAGGAACCGUCCGUGAUUCCAUUCUUGCCGAAACAGUCUUCCAUAGAAUCGUUAGAGGAUCACAUCAAAGUGGAGGAGAUCGAGGUGGAAGACGAUCCAAUGGUGAUUGACGGUCACGAGGAUGCGUUCGACGAACCGUUGCAUACUUCUGACACGCAAAUCAGACGUAUGCCGCCUCCUAUGUACAAACGAGAGACAAGGUUCAAAGGUCAAAAAAGAGUUUCCGUGGGACGUUCAACGAGGAAUAAUGAUAUAUUGGAAUAUAGAUCGAAGGAUCGCGUCAUUUCGAAGGAAGAUUCAACGAGGGAGAGUUACGAAGAUUCGAGUGCGGUUAAAUGCGAGUCGAAUUUUAAUAACGCUUCCUCAGAUCCUACGGUACCGGAUAUACAGAUGAACGACGACUUACAAGAACGAGAUGAGAGUCUGGAUUCUUCGAAGAGUAUGGACGAUAAUUCAAGAUUAAGUAUGAAGAAAAAGGGCGAUAUAUCUACGAAGAGAUCAGGAUUGAACGAAGGAAAAGAGACCAGGCCGAUACAAACUAAGUCUGAAAAAGCUCAGUAUAAACCUUUUUCCUGCGAUCUUUGCACUUUGGCCUUCACGAGAGCUUCUCAUCUGGCUAGACACAGAAGGGUUCACACAGGUGAACGACCUUUUGCCUGUAGUAUUUGUCCACGAAUGUUUGCUAGACAGGACAAGUUGAAGCAGCAUUUGGACUCGCAUUUACAAUGGCCGAAGAGAAAGAAUAAUUUGUCGAGUUCCAGUUGUCAGUCGGUUUCCUCUGUACCUGGUAAAGCAAAAAGAGGUAGACCGAGAAAGGUGAAUUUAGAACAGUCAGCCAUGGAAGAAAUUUUAAAAUUUGGAGAAUUCAGUUCUUUGUUAAACAAAUCACACUCUGCGAAUUCGGCAGAGAAGAAUGAAGAUUUAGCAUCCAUUGAAAAUGAAGGGAAACUCAAGGAACAAGAAGAAGACAUAGUGGAAGAAGGAAAUGAGAAUAAAGAUAAAGAUGCGAAUAAAGACAAAGACAAUUAUGGGUGUCAGGUAGAAAACGGUCAAGAUAUUGUUUAAAUAAUUUCUCAUUUCUUUUCGUACUUCUAUAAAAAAUAUUUUUCUAUGGGUAAGAAAUCGUAAUAUGGUUAAAGAGUGAUGAAAAUUAUCGAGCUUCUCGAUCAACGAUAUGAAUCAGGUACUUUUCUCGUUUUUUCUUUGUCCAAAUAACUUUUAAUAAGGAGGGACAAAUUAAUUAGAAAUUUCAUAUUAUAUAUAUUAUGGGAUUAAUUAGUUAAAAAGUUAAUUAGUUAAAAAAUUUUAAGUGCAAUAAUUUUUCUAAUUCUCUAUGUUUAUUUUUUCUCAAAGAAAAUUCGUAUUUUUUAAUCUAGCAACGUAAAUUAAUAAGAUCAUAAAUUGGUUAAAAGUUACAUUUCAUAUUUAUAUAGUUAAGAUAAAUACGCAACGAUAUACUAUAUUAGAAACAUUUUCACUAUAUACAAUGCUAAUUAGGUAUUACAUCGUUUCGAAACUUAAAUGGAAUGAAAUUGUUGCGAAAUGAUUGUUACUCUUAUACAAAAUUUCAGCAUAUUUGUUUUACUUUCGUUCUUUAUUAUAUACUUCAUCGAAGUAGUUGAGAUAAUAAUGAGAUUUAAUUUAUUCAAAUAAAAACAUGUAGGUAUUUAGAUUAUCAAUUCAAUAUGUAAAAAAAUGCAAUUAAUUAUUCGUAUAAGUCAUUCAAAAUUAUUUCGAAACUUAAAAGACAAGAAUGAAAAAUUUAUUUGAAUUUAUGAAAAUUUUAUUGGUUAUAUAUGCAAGAUGAGCAAUUUCUAUGAACAAAACAUUAUUUGUUAAAUAAAGUAUCAAU